AUGAACGGAAAGCUGGCGGUGGAGCUCCUCUUUAAUUUCAGCGGAGGGAGACUGAACACGCCGUCAGAGACGAAAGCUGAGGCCCGCAAACACAAGGACGUGGAGGAAGAAGAGGAGAAGGAGAGGGGCAGGGUGGAGACGUUGCUCAAGAUUCGCCAGAAAUCCGUCGACAUGGAGCCCGAGUUGUGGCUGGCCACCCAGGAGGCCAGCGUCCAUCUGCGGACCUUGGGGGGAUGGAUGGAGUACCUGGAUCCGGAGACCAUGAACCGCUUCUUCUAUCAAAACGAGCUGGUGUUACGCGUGUCUGAGGCUGACAGCAAGGGCAAGGAAGAAAGUGUGGACCACUUCCAGUGGGAAAAGCCGGAGGAGUUCGCCAAGUUUGAAGCGGUCUUGCUAGGAUGGGCGUCCGUCAUCAACGGCUCCGAGUUUCUGAGGACAACAGCGGGGAGGUACAAUUCCGUGCUAGACAGGGAGUCGGGGGUGGUAUUCUACGUGGACACCUCUGAUGAGACGUGUCUGCUCAUGCCCCCUCGAGAGGCAAGUCUGCAGUGGGCCUUCGACCACAGUGAAGGGACAGGUAGAGUGCUUGGCCAACGCAGGGAGUGGGAGGUGCGAGUCGACAACGAUGGCAAUGAGUUCUACUGCAUGGAAAAGAUCACCAAGGGAGACAUGGAGAUGUUCCGCGUCUGCGUGACAUGCGCUCGCAACUGCCACAAGGGCCGGCUCGGCCACCGGACUCGCUUCUGCAAGCUGUCCAACACCCGCUGUAUGUGCUGCGAACGAGGGGAGGGUAGCUGCUUGUACUUCACCAAGAAGGUGUGGGACAAAAAUCGAAAAAUGAAAGCGGACACUCCAGUGGUGGAAGGCUGGAUGGCGCUCCACGAUCCGGAGCUACCUGACAGGGCACUCUCCGACGACUGGUACGUCGUCAGAAUUCAUGGGCGGUCGGCCGGAAUGGAGGAGUUCACGUUGCCCGACGAGCACCAUUUGCCGAAACCAGAACCUCUGGAAUGGGAAUUCCAGAAGGACCGGCUACAUAUGAUGGGGACGCCACUGUUUUUUUUCCACCAAGAACGGAGGGAAUGCACCUGGGACCCCCCAACAGAAGCCACCCUUACGAACCCGAGCUGGCUGACAUUUUCUACAACGCUGGGGGGCGACAAUGAUCCAGUCUCCUUAGAUACUCCUCCAUCCCAGGCGGCAGCAGCAGCAGCAGCACGAACCGCACCAAUUGACGGGAUGAUCGCUGCCGAAGAGGACACUACAACAGAAGUCGCACCACGGGAAGGUGUUUCUUUGGGCGAUGGUGACAAAGCACUGCAUGAUUCCGCCAGCAGUGCUCGUAAGGAUGGGAGCAUCACGGCGGCUGUGCCCUCAGCCGCGAUCACUGGGGCAGCUGAUUCUACGGUUGCCGGGGAAAGCGCAAUUGUUGAAGCCAGGGCUGGUUCAGAUGUGUUCCCUCCGGGAGAAGGCUCGGCGGAAGUGCAGGUGUGGUGA